CGCUCCGACGGCGACAGAUCUGAGCGAAGCAUCACGCUGGGAAGACAACCCCAAAUUGUGAUGCGACGUGUGAUAUGCUCGUACGCCGUUCUCUGGAUGGACUUGGAUGCAGGCGCAACAUCGGGCGCUUCUCUGCCCGCUUUAAAAGGAUAGCACUGUUCAUGAGCCCCUGUCAGUUUCCAGUCCAGUCCCUAAUUCACUCAGAUCUGUCCCGCUGUUGAGCCGUGAAGGAGAGAUAUGUUCAAAACCGCGACUCUGCUUGUCGGUGUCGCCGCGGCGUCCUCCUUGCUCUCUGGAGUUCUUGCGACUAGUCCUUGCAACGGCAUGCAAGAACUUUGUGGCCUUCGAUACGACCAAGUCACCUACGCGGCCACCCACAACUCCGGCAGCAAAGACCUCAAAUACGACUGUCAUACCCUCGCCAAGUCCUGCAAAGCGGGCAAGUUCCUCUGCUGGGGUUUCGAAAAAGGUUGCAACAUCCUCGUCCCCGACGCCAUCGAGCGUUGCCUCUGGGACAAUCAAGUUCGCGCUAUCGAUCAGCAGCUGAGCGACGGGAUUCGGUCGUUCGACAUCGAUACCUGUCAGAUUGACGAUGGAUCCGUUGUCAAUUGCCAUGGGGCCGGAAACAAACGCGCCAUUGGCGGUGAUAUCCGCCAAACAUUGCAAUCUGUGGCGAGUUGGGUGAACAACAACCCGAAUGAGAUCAUCACGCUGAAUUUUGGCGACUCGGAUGGCGACGCGGCGUCGAUGGCGAGGUAUAUCCAGGGCGGCUUGCAAGACAUUCUUGGCAAGUGGCUGUUCGAACGGAGUGCAGGCGCUCCGUGGCCGACCCUCGGGGAGUUGAUCGCCAAGGACAAGAGAGUGGUUGUGAUGUUCGGAAGCAAUCUCUUCAACGCUGGUCCUAAGCCGGCAUGGUUGCAGCACUACGACGACAUCAUCGAAGACCCCUACUUCAAAGUCCUCGCCGACGACGAUAACCCCGCCCGCCUGGAAGCCUCGUACCUCCAAUCCUGGUGUCUCCGCGACCCCAAAACUUUCACGAAACUCCAAGUCAUCGACGCAACCAUCGCCAUCGUCCUGCCUCAACUCGAAGCCGACCUACGUAAACUCAAGUUCCCGACAAGCGUGUGUAGUCGCGACCUGGCGAAAUCGGUGAACUAUGGUUCGUUGGACCGGAUUGCGGACUUUUGUGCGCAGAAGAUGGGAUACAUCUAUCGUGUUAGGGUGGAUCAUGAAGAUGCGUCGAACGUGGUAGCGAAGGUGAGGGAGUUGAAUGGAAGGAACGUUAAAAGGUUUGGGAAGAAAGGCGGCAAGGCCGUGAAGCCGAGAGUCAAGGGUGCUCUGGGACCUCACCUCGUGAGGUGAAUGCCUGUACAUAGGAUUCUCUGAGGGAGACAACCUCUCAGGUUCGGAACGCUGGCCAAGUUCUUGCAUUGGCGCUCCCAUCAUCGGCGUGACGUUUCGUUGCAUGCGCUGGGCGUAGUAGACUGUAAAUGUACUGUACUUACACGUAG